AUGGCAGACGCAGCAUCUCACCCAGCAGUCAGAUUGCUGCAGUCUCUCAUAGAGAUUGACAGUACUAGCGAAAAGGAACUCGAAAUUGGGAUAUUCCUUGCGGAUCAUUUGGAAAAACUUGGCUACACUGUUGAAAGGAUCGCGAUUUCAACCGGCUCGACAAGGCACAACGUCUAUGCAUACCUCGGCAAACAGAGAAAGAACCGACUUCUUGUAACAUCGCACAUGGACACUGUCCCCCCACACAUUCCUUUCAGCAUUGAGGAAGACAUUAUUCGAGGCCGAGGAGCCUGCGAUGAUCUGGGUCCCCUAGUCUCGCAGUUGUUAGCUAUUGAGGAACUGCGAACCGAAGGGAAGAUCAAGGAAGGCGACGUCAGCUUUCUAUACGUUGUUGGAGAGGAAAAGGGUGGACCGGGAAUGAUUGCAGCCAAUGACAUGGGCCUCGAAUGGGAGGCUGGACUAUUUGGCGAACCUACGGAAGGUAAACUGGCCAAGGGGCACAAGGGGCAUAUAGUCUUUGAGAUUAGUUCUCUCGGGAAACCCUGUCACUCGGGGUACCCUGAUCGCGGCAAAAACGCAAUAUCAGCUUUACUCAAAGCUCUCCUUGAUCUCGAAAGUGUUACUUGGCCUUCCUCGGAUGUCCUUGGGCCAUCGACUUUCAACAUGGGCAAGAUUGAGGGAGGAGAGGGCUACAACAUCCUCGCCGGGUCUGCAAAAGCACUUUGUGGCAUCCGCGUAGCUACGGAUGCCCCCGGAAUCAAACAGCUGGUCAGCGAAACUGUCAACAAACACCCGGAUGUGGAGGUCAAGUUCCUCUUUGAGUACAACGAAACAUUUCUGGACUGGGACAUGGAAGGAUUUGAAUCUGCACCUGUAUCAUAUGGGACAGAUAUUCCGCGUCUACGCGGCUCACAUAAGAAGGUGUUAUACGGCCCAGGGAGCAUUCUCGUUGCCCAUGGAAAGGAUGAGCAUAUAGGAAUUACUGAGCUCAUUGAUAGUAUCACCAAAAACAAACUCUUAGUCUCGAGGCUAUUGGGUUUGUGA